AUGUCGUUUCCCAAGGCAAGACCCGACUGGAACAAUUUACAAAUACUUCACAAGAACACACUUCCCCCUCGGGCGCAUUUCUACUCCUACGCUUCCGAGGAAAAGGCUCUUAACUUUGAUCGCGAUCAAAGUGAAUAUAUAUCACUCAAUGGCACCUGGAAGUUCCGCCAUGACGCUUCGCCUUACGAAGCACCAGAAUGGUCGUCUGCCAAUCCAUUGACCUGGGACGACGUUAAAGUCCCGGGGAUGUGGCAGCUACAAGGGUACUCGCAUCCGACCUAUACAAAUGUCAACUACCCGUUCCAUGUCAAUCCACCCGAGGUGCCAAUCCUUAACGAGACAGGAUCCUAUUGGAGGCAGUUCGUGACGCCAGCCUCGUGGGAUGGGCAGCAGAUUCGCAUUCGAUUUGAAGGAGUCGAUAGUGCAUUUCACCUCUGGAUCAAUGGAACAGAGGUGGGCUACUCCCAAGGAGCUCGUAACCCCAGCGAAUUUGACAUUACUUCCUUGCUUCGAUCUCCCGGCUCGGUAAACACUGUUGCAGUGCGUGUGUACGAAUUCUGUGAUGGUUCGUAUAUCGAGCGGCAAGACCAGUGGCUUCUUAGUGGUAUCUUCCGCGAUGUCGGUCUGCUGUCGCUCCCAUCCGACUCUAUCGUGGAUUUCGAUGCUGUUGCGACUCUUAGCGAGGAUCUGUCUUUGGGUGAGCUUCGCACUAGUGUCAAAACGCAAGGUGCGCGGGGCAUUGUAGAGAUCAAACUGUAUCGACCUGAUGGCACGCUACUUGAAGAGUCCAGCUUUCCUUCGACUGAGUCGAAGACUGUGCCAGUGUCAGGCGAUGACUUGAAGCUCUGGUCGGCUGAAAAUCCUGUUCUUUACACCUUGCUCGUCUCAUUCAAUGGCCGGACUAUCCCACAACGCAUUGGAUUCCGUCGCGUUGAGCGAAAGGGCGCCAAUUUCCUGGUCAACGGGAGACCCAUCAUCUUGUACGGCAUGAACCGACAUGAACACCACCACCUUUACGGGCGCGCUGUGCCAUACGAGAGUAUGCGUGCAGAUCUCAUUCUGAUGAAGAAACACAACAUCAACGCUCUCCGAUGCAGUCACCAGCCCAAUGACCCAAGGCUGUACGAAGUCUGUGAUGAGCUGGGCCUGUAUGUCAUUGCCGAAGCUGAUCUGGAGGCACAUGGCUUUGAUCCAGUUGAGAGGUCCAACAUUCCCAAUCAGCAUCUCAUGAGCGAUCGUGAGAUCCAGGAGACAUCGUACAAGAUGGCCACCAAAUGGACUUCUGAUAACCCAGAGUGGAAAGAGGCUUAUCUCGAUCGAGCUGUCCAGCUUGUCCAGCGAUUCAAGAACUAUUCUUGUAUCAUCUUCUGGUCACUUGGCAACGAGGCAUUCUACGGCCAAAAUCAUGCGAGCAUGUACAAAUGGAUCAAGGAAGCGGAUCCCACCCGUCUCGUGCACUACGAGGGUGACAGAGAGGCCAUUUCCGCUGAUAUGUACUCCACGAUGUACUGGAGUGUGGAUAGGCUCAAACAACACGUUAUUGACAAGCCUGACAAGGCUAUGAUUCAGUGCGAGUACGCCCAUGCGAUGGGCAACGGUCCUGGUGGGCUGAAAGAAUACAUUGAAGCUUAUCGUACCGAGCCGCUUCUGCAGGGUGGUUUCAUCUGGGAGUGGUGCAAUCAUGGUCUUCUCAAGAGAGAAGGCGCUCUAUCAUACUACGCGUACGGUGGUGACUUUGGAGACCAGCCCAAUGAUGCCGACUUUAUCCUUGAUGGAAUGGUCUUUUCCGAUCACACUCCUACCCCUGGGCUGAUCGAGUAUAAGAAGGCUAUUGAGCCGGUCACGAUUUCUUUCAAGAAUGGCCAGCUGGAGAUCGUCAACCACUACGACUUUAGCACUCUGGACCAUCUUUCGGCUUCUUGGCACAUUGUCAAGGAGUCCGGGAACACUGAACCCGUGCCAUGGCAGCUACCCGAAAUCAAGCCCGGCCAGUCAAAGCUUGUUGACCUCCCAGAUGGUGUGAAGCUCGGUUCUGAGCCUCAAUGGUAUACCAUCAACUUCUCUUUGAAGGAUGCCACGGCGUGGGCGCUGCAAGGACAUGAGAUUGCAUGGGCUCAGAUCCCGUUGUUCGAAGAGAAGUGUCUCACAUUUCCUCCGGCUCCGACUUCAUCGCUUUCGCUUUCCGUCAGCGAGGAACCAGGAAGGCUCUACAUUACCUCGAACAACUUUGCGUCUCACUUCACCUACGACCUUGUCCGAGGCAAUCUAUCCUGGUCCAACGAGUCUGGUAAGCUAUUCAACAGCGGGCCCCAGCUCGGAAUGUACCGCGCCUUGACCCAGAACGAUAUCGGAGGAGGCGGUCCCUGUGCCGAAUGGAAACGAUUCCGGGUCGAGAGCUGCCGCAUGCUUGUCCAAUCCUCAACUUGGAACGUGAACAGUGAUGGAAGCGUGUCAAUCACAACCAAGGUCCGAGUGGCACCAUUCGUGCUAGAAUGGGCCAUGGAAGCCGAUCUCAGUUACACAAUCACCGAAUCCUCCGUCAAUCUCCACGUCAAGGGUGAUUUCUCCGGCACUCACCCGAAAGAAAUUCCGAGGAUCGGUCUCACCAUCCGCCUGCCCCGUCGAUACGAAGCCGCUACCUGGUUCGGCCGCGGCCCCGGCGAGUCCUACCGCGAUACAAAAGCCGCAGCUCGCUUUGGAACAUUCACAUCCACCCUCGACACUGGUCUGGAGAUUCCAUACGAAUGGCCACAGGAGAACGGCAAUCGCACAGACACAAGGUGGGUUCGUGUCCACGGGUCAACCGCCGAGAAGUCUUAUUCCGCCUCUGCGGGUGCAGAUGCGCCGUUGCCAGCAAUCGAGGCAAGAAUGGAUACACCCUUCAAUUUCUCGCUUCGUAGGUAUGCGACGGAGGAGUUGGAUCGUGCGAAGCAUCCGCAUGAGCUUUGUGAAUUGGAUGGGGAGACGGAGUGGAAUGUUGACUUUGCGCAUCAUGGUAUUGGGACUGGUAGUUGUGGUCCUGGUCCGUUUGAAGGGAAUCGGUUAGAGGCCGGACCGUUUGAGUUUACGACUAUGUUCCGGUUGGUUGAUGAGACGGAUCAGUGA